AAAAUAGUCUCAUGAACCUCAUUCACACAAUAACACAUUUCAAUAUCAUUCAAAAUUGUAAUGAUAUUACAAACCUGUCUACAAUCUACAACCGUAUUGUUCAAAGUAUUAAAAGUCUCGAUCGUUAUUCAGUGAACAAUUUGGAAGAAUUACAACCGUUGAUCAGUCUCCUACAAGUCAUCGAAAUGUUAACCAAUAAUCCAUUAAAAACAUUUCGAUCUGUAAUCAGGUACAUAUCCACAAAUAUCAAUAUAUUUCAAUCUUGUCAACUCAUUCAUGAAUUUAUUCAAUUUUUACGUGGUGAAAUAUAUCAAGAUAGUGACAGAGAUGAUCAAUCCAUUGAUCGAACAUUGACCAAAUUGGAAGCAGAAUUAUUGAGAAACUGGAUUAUUGAUCACAAGUCUAAUUAUUAUGAUUUGUUGGACAUGUUGAAUGAUAAUACAAAUCAUCUGUGGAAAUAUUCGGCAAAAAUUAUUUCCUAUAUCGACAGGGAAUUGUUACAUUUAUGUGAAACCGUCGAAAAAGAACACGGUAGAAUUGAAUAUGAUAAUAUACUAUCAGAAUUGGAACACCAUUUACAGAAUAAUAAAAGACAGAAUAAUUGCAAUAAAUUGAUUAAAAUCUAUACGAAUUAUAUAUAUAUGAGUUUAAAGUUAACUGUAGGUGAAAAUAGUAUUGAUGAUACACUCACAAGUGAUUAUGGAUAUUUUGAACAAAAUUUUUUACAAAUACAAGAACUGCUACUCGCUCAAUCUCCUUCUAAACGCUAUGUGUCAAUGAUCAGUCUGAUAUCGUGGUUGAGAUUCUAUUUGGAAUUGUAUGCUUAUGCUCUAAAUCAAGAUUCAAAAUCGGAAAUAAUGAAACAGAUCGAUCAAUUUCUUUAUAGUCAAUCAUUAGCCAGCUUAAUGUGUUCAUCAUUGAAAAUAUUUAUUAUCAAGCAAAUGUUAUAUUUUAUGAAAGACAAAAAUGUCAGUCAUUUACGAGCAAUAUUCAAAAAUCGUAAUGUUGCAUGGAUAAAUGAAUUUCUUCGACAGGAUGCCAUCAAUAAUCAAAUGCCAACAAUCGAUAUGUAUUUACCAUUCUGUUCACUAUCUAAAGAUGAUUAUACCGAUGUUAGUACAAUACUGAAAUCAAAGUCUUAUGAGCAAAUAAAAUUUCUUAUGAUGCAAUGUCGAACAAACAGGCGUCUCACCUAUUGUUUCUACAUUUGGUUUAUUCAGUAUUACUCUCAAUUUUAUACCAGUUCAAUAGUACAAGAAGACAAACAGUUUCUUACAUUUAUUGAAGAUGAUUUAAAAAAUGAUUUGUGUCUCUACUUUGAACCGAUUGGCUAUAGAUUUAUUUUAGAACUGUAUAAAAAUUUUAAUCGAACGUCAUACUUCUAUUUACAUCCGGGAAUGACUGAAAAACAAGUUCAUUAUCGUCUGAUUGCUUUAAAUAUAUUUGCUCUACUCCUAACGUCACUAUCAUCAUCAUCCCCAGAACCCACAUUUAUGAACAGUUUACUCUUGGAUAAUGCCAAUAAAAUACCAAACAAUUACGUCCAGCACAUCAAUCGACGAUGUCUAUUAGGUUUGUAUAUUGAAGAUCGAGUGGUUAAACAAAUGCUAUAUGUUAAAAGAUCUGUUCAAGAACGGGUAGAUACUGGAAGGAUAUUCAUGGAAGAUGGACGAUUCAUUUAUCGAUGUUCGAACAAUUGUUUAUAUAUGUACUUUUUUGAUAACUGUGGUGCACCAGUCGAACGUACACGAUGUCCAUGGUGUACUGCAGAAAUUGGAGCACAGGCACCCCAUGUUUUGCUUCGACGUUCUCCACCACAAAUACAACUGUCUAUACAAAAUGGAUUUCAAUUCAUUGAUGAAUAUAUUGCGAAUUAUACUAAAACAGAUCGUUUCGGUUAUCACAAUAGUACAACAGCUGAACAUUCAACGAUUCAUGAUAAGUCUGCUCAUUUGAAUAAACCAAUGUCAUUUCGAUUACUUCAUAUGUUCACGCAUUCAAUGUUUAUUUUGUUAUAUGAAUUGAAAUAUUUGUCUGAAGAUGAUCUCAUUCAGCUGACACAACGUAAAAUCAAUACCACAUCAUCAGUAAAUCUUUAUUUGAAAAAUCAUUUUGAAAAAGAUUGUCAACUAGUAUAUGAAAUUUUGGAUGAUAAUAACACUGGUCAUAUCUGGUUAUAUAAACUAUUCAAUCAUACUUUGGACAUUUUACAUUUACCUGGAAUUUUAAAUACAAAUGCCAAUGUGAUUCAAUUUGAAAAACAAUUUGAAGAAACUAUUCUAUUUUCUCAUAUUGAAUCAGUAAUAACAGAAAUCGAUGAAUAUAAAACAAUUUAUAUUGAAUAUGUACGACAAAAAAAAUUGGAAGAAUUAAAUGAUUUUAUUGAUGAAUUAACAGAAAACGAUCAGAAAUAUCCACUGUUAGAAUAUUUAAAUGUAACAAAUACUAAAUGUACUAUUGAAGAUUUUAAUUCAAAAUUACAAAUGACCAUUCGUGAUAUUGAUCUGUACUAUCCAAUAACGAAUUUUAUUCUUCAACGCUUAAAUGAAUUUCAAAAUAUCAAAUAUCUGUUUCCAAUUGUCAAUUUUACAAAUUAUUUAUUACAAAAAUUUAAUCAUCGUAUUACACGAAAUGAUGCAGCCACAAAUUCCCUUUCAUUCUAUUUGAACAAUCAAGAAAAUAAUGAACAUGAUCAACCAUUAUUUUGUCAAUUGUUUAAAGAUUUUAAAAAUGCAUGGUUUCAACUGACAUUCGUCGAAGUAGCCUAUGGAUGCCAUAGACGACCGUUUCAUUUGGAUUCAAAUACAAAAAAAGAUUUUGAAGAGAAAACAAAAUUAGCCUAUUUCCUAUUGAAUACAACGAAAGAUGAAUCAUCAAUUCUACUAGCUGGAUGUUUAAUUGAAUUAGCACAAUAUCAAAAUGAUAUUGUCUCGCAUUUUAAACAGAAAACAAUAAGUAAUAAUGAUCAAAAUAUACAGAAUAUGCAGCAACAAAUAAUUCAAAAUGUUAAACUUGAACAAUUAUUUCAGAUAAAUAGUGAAAAAUUUCUUCAUCUUCUAUAUGAUGAUAGUUUUGUUAUCGAUUAUAAUUAUGGGAAAAGUAAAACAAUAUUGUACGAUUUUGAUGAAGUUGAAAUUAAACUCAAACAUAUGAUUGAACAUUUAUGUACAUUUGAUUUAACAAAAUUUACAUUUUUAAAUUAUCAACUUGAAUUAUUCAAUGAAGAUUCAACAUUAAUUACUGAUAUUCGAAAUCGAAUAUGUCAAGAACCAUUACCAAAUGAUGAUAAAAUGAAAUUACAAUUAUUGUUAACAAAUAUGAAACAUGAUGAAAUUCUUCAUUAUAUUGGAUCAUUAGAUUAUAUAUUUACCUAUUUGAGAAAUUUAAUUUCAGAUGAUAAUACAAUAACAGUUCAAGUAUUCAUCGAAAAAUAUAUUAAAUAUAAUACGAGUAUACUUCGACAGCAACAACAAUUGUUUUCUACAAUACAAAUUAAAUAUAUUAUCAGUUUAUAUGAAUUAAUCGAAGAAAUUGUAUUUGAUAAAAUAAUGAAAAAGUAUAUAAAACAAGAAUUAGAUGAAAAAUCAUUUGGAAAAGAAGAAAUUUUACAAGUAAUCGAACAAUUUUCAAAAGAAACAUAUUUGAAUGAAAAAUUGUCACCAUCAAUGCGUGAUAUUCAUGUAUGGAUUAAUGUACUUAAACGUCUUAUUAUACGAAUAUUAUUACCAAUUAUCGAUUUAUCUAUUCCAAUUCAAACAUACUUAAAACGAAGUGAUUUAUGGGAUGAAAAUGUAAAUGAAAGUGAUUUGGACAAUAUAAAGAUUGGUGAAAAUAUCAUGUUGAAAUAUGCCUAUGUCAUAUUUAAAGGACUUAGUGAGAAUCUUAAUAAUGGACAAAAACAACGAAAAGAUGACAAGAACGGUAAUAGUGGCGGUGAACAAAAUUUAAACCAAGUGACAUGGCGUGAACAACAAUAUGGACGACAAAAUAGUACAAUGAAUACUACCGUGACAAAUCAAACAAAAAAGAAGAAAAGAUGA